CUUCAUAGUCCCUUAUCUCAUCAUGGUGCUCCUGUGUGGCAUUCCUCUGCUCUUCAUGGAGUUUGCUAUCGGGCAGUACACUCGUUUAGGGCCAGUGCAUGCGCUCGCCAAAAUUUGUCCUUUGUUAAAAGGUGAGUGACUCUCCAGGCCAAAGGCUCCUCAUGUGAUGAGGAUGAACAUCUGAUGGAUUUUCCUUCAUUAACACACAAUGUUUUUUCCACAAUCGGAGCUUGCAUAAAAUAGGACAUUUAUGUAUGCAUGUGUUGCUGUGCUCACUUCUAAAUGCAAUAAAUUACUUAAUCCUUAUUAUCCAAAUAUUUGCAUUAAAAUUAUUUCAAUAGGCUACAUUGCCAAAACUAACAGGUCCAUCCCCUAAUACCUUUUUAGAAAACAAAAUUCAGGGAUCAGUGAUUUCAUCAAGCAAAAGGAUGAUAAAAUAAUACAAAGUUCCACCAGAGAAAGCAGACAAAUGUGCCACUACCCAUGUAAGCUCAUUCAGGCCAAUGACUGAUCUAAAGGAAUAUAUAUCAGGGACUGAGGCUUUAUUGUUUUGUUUUUUUCCUUCACUACAUUUUUGAGACGAGGAAAAGGUUGAUACAAUUCAUUGAACAAAUUACUACCCCCAAAAAGUUGAUUAUUAACUAUCAGUCCCAGAAAUCCCAAUCAAUCAACACAGUAUGUAAACAAAGAGCUCCACAUUUUUGAGCUAGAUCAUUACAGCAGAGGGCUAGGCAUCAGAGUAGGAAUAUAAAAUAGUCUAAACAGUAUUGUCCUAUCAACUGAUCUGGAUCAUUUAAUAAGAGGCUGAUACAUUGUUCAUUUAUUUAAAAUUUGUAACAAAAUUUAAAAUAAAAGAUUAGACAGGACUUUAUUUCUCUCCAUGGGCAGGGCAGUUAAAUGCAGUAACAAAUAUUUGCUGUUAUUAUUAGAAUCAUUUGUUAGGGGAAACGACAUGUAUAGCUGAAUAGAACGGAGAACAGGAAAUAAGAAAAUAAAUGACACAAUAAACUAGCCUGCAGUUGUGUACCAAUAAGCUUUACUGGAAGUGAUGAUUGAUUGAUUUAAUUUAACACUCAAACAUUUUAUGAAAGUUAGCACUGGUUCCUGUUAGUUGUAAAAAAAACUUGUAUGUAUUUGCUGUUCCCAUCAACGUGUAGUUAUCAAGUAACAUGGCAUAUGCGCUGACUUACAGGUGAAUAAGGAAAAAAAGCAAAAAAACAGCAAUAGUUUAUUAAUGUCGGGAGUAAAGUAGAUCCUUCCGUGAGGGAAGAAUGCACUGAAAUCUUCCCAGUCAUGUAUUUAAAGCUGGUGCAGAGACGCCCUCAGGAUUGACCAGGUGAUGACGAUGAUUGACAGACAACCUUAAAAACAGGUAUAAUUAUAUAUUAUAUGUAUCUUAUCAAACAUGACACAACAUGACCGAAAGCAAAUUCUUCAUCUAAUUAAAGAUGAGUUGCUGUAGUGAAUCUCGCCUAAAGCCAAAAUACUUCACAGAUGGGUAAAUCUUCUUUCAGGUUGUCAUAAACCUACACAAUUGCUGUUUAAAAAUUUACUUGGAUGAGCUGUUGCAGUGGUUUUACACUGACUGGCCACUGAGUGAACUUACAGUCAUACAGUAAAUGAAAAUGUGUCCUGUUUGAUAGGUUGUAACGUCUUUUUAUAUCUGCCAUGGGAGUCUUGUAUUUGGUUUGUUUUGCCAAGAUAUCCAAAAAUGUCACAAUUGCAGUUAUAUGUGAUGGGAAGUUCGGCCAGGAGCCAAGGAACAAGCUAAGCUUUAAGCUUUUUCAGAAAUCUUUUGAAAAGUUUUUUGUACAUUGUGAGAUAGGAAUUUGUCACUUGUUUUCUCAGGACAUACUGCUUUAAAUAAAUUAAAAAAAAAAUCUUGCACGUUUAUCCCAUGAUCCUCUGUCAUUAUGUGCUUGAUGGUCCAGAUCCAAAUGAAUAUUUAAAACUGAUAAAUUUUUAACCGUGGUGAAGGCAUGCUCUUUUCUGAGUGCCUCUAAGUUUGUAACAAAGUUUUUCUAUUUGAUAAAUGAAUUGUUUUAACAUGUUGAUGGAUGAGAACUUGUUAAGCAAAAUUUACAAUCACUAUAAUCAGUGUAUUUCUUUUUUUUUUUUACUUCAUGUUUUAUCAAAAGUACAUUCUUGGAUUUCUUUCUGUAAUUGAAUCCAUUUUAAAUUCACAUGAAAGAAAUUGUCAAAUAAUUCGAACGUGAACCAAUAUUCUUAAAUUCUGCAUAUUUGAAUGAUAGUUAAAUCAAAUGUGGGUGACUGGAGGUGUGUUUCUUACAGUCCACAUAAGUUGUUAAAACAAAUUGUAAACAUCCGGCUAAUUGUGGCUCAGUACAACGGGUUGUUUGUUUUAAGGAGUUAUAGUGCUCAUGAAAAAAUCACACACAUCAGGAGGUAUUUGCAAAACUGUAAAUCAAACAUGUGAAUGAACUGGGAUGUGUGGACUUGGAGAGCACUGACAGUCACUUGGCAGCUCAUCAAACAAGACCCCAGCCAUCAACAAUCAGUACUUAUGGGUGUGAAUUGAAAAUGAUAUCUGCCUUGUUCUAACUUAAGAUUUUUCUCCAUAGUUUUCUUAUCUCCUUAAAGACAGAGAUUAUCUACCCGGUCAAAACGUAUGGGUCCUUCACUUGAUUUAUCGCUCAUUUCUUCCUGGUUAAUGCUCUGUGCUAAACAAGGGCCAAAAGCAGGUGUUGGUCUGGCCACAGUUGUUAUCUCCUUUGUGUUCUCCACGUACUACAAUGUGCUCAUGAGCUGGGCACUUUACUAUUUCUUCAACUCGUUCGGAGCGACGCUACCCUGGAAGUCUUGCAACAACACUUGGAAUGCCAUCGAAAACUGCUCCAGUGGUUUCCCCGGCAACGCCACCCACCUGCAGUCUGCCAGUCAACAGUUCUUCGACCACAGGCUUCUGGAGAAAACCAAUGGCAUUGAAGAAGCUGGUGGCCUUCGCUGGGAACUCGUUGGCUAUCUCCUUAUUUCCUGGGUCAUUGUGUAUUUUUGCAUAUUUAAAGGAGUUAAAUCCACUGGCAAGGUCGUGUACUUCACCGCUGUAUUUCCGUACUUCAUCUUGUUCGCCCUGCUCAUCAAUAAUGUGCAGCUUCCUGGAGCCAAAACUGGGAUCCUCUUCUUUUUGACGCCUGUCUGGAGCAAACUGUUCGAAGUGAAGGUUUGGGUUCAUGCAGCUGCUCAGGUGUUUAACUCCCUUGGAAUAGCUUUUGGCUCCAUGAUUUCGAUGGCUAGUUACAACAAGUUCAACAACAACAUUCUCAGGGAUGCUUUGAUUGUGUCAUUUGCCAACUCCUUCACUAGUAUCCUGGCAGGCUUUGUGAUCUUCUCAGCUAUUGGCUACAUGGCUCAUAUACAUAACCUCCCGGUGGACAACAUAGCUACAGACGGUCCUGGUUUGGUGUUUGUCGUGUACCCUGAAGUCCUCUCCACCAUGCCCGUCUUUCAGCUGUGGGCCCCUCUGUUCUUCUUUAUGCUGCUGUGUCUGGGCCUGGACAGCCAGUUUGCAACAGUUGAGGUGGCUGUGACUUUCAUAAAAGACGAGUUUGGUCCCAAAGUUCUGCAUUUCCUAAAAAGAGAGGAGCUGCUAGCCCUGGCUGUGUGCAUCAUCGGCUUUGUCUUGGGGAUUCCUCACGUUACUAAGGGAGGCAUCUAUGUGUUUCAGCUGAUGGACCACUACACUGCUGUGGUUUCCCUCGUGUUCUUGGCUUUGUUUGAAGUUGUAGCUGUCUGCUGGGUCUUUGGUGUCCCACGUGUCUCCUUAAUGGUCAAAAGGAUGCAAGGAAAAACUCCAAACAUUUACUUCCGUCUCUGUUGGCUGGUGCUCUGUCCUAUGUUGGUGCUGUGCAUACUGAUCUCCAGCAUUGUCCAGUACACUCCUGUUCAUUAUGGGAAGUACCCUUAUCCAGUGUGGGCUGAAUGGGUGGGCUGGGGAGUUUCACUGGUCUCUAUAGUGUGGAUACCACUUGGUGCGUUUCAAGAGAUGUACAGCAACAAAGGCUCACUUCUUCAGAGAAUUAAAACAGCUGUGACUCCUACAAUAGACCUGGAUGCUGAAGAUCCUUUGCCGGAAAAACAAAAUCUUGACCCGGCGUGCGAAACCUUUUUUACCUAAGUGGCAUGACCAGAGAUAAAGCCAAAACCACGUCUGUGCAUCCGUACGUAUCAAACUUUGUGAUACAGUUCAAUUUUUAAUGAAAGGCACUGUUUGAUGUGAUGUAAAGAAUUGAAUUUACUAUGAGAUGCAGAGUCUUUAUGUUUUGGUCAUGAAAUUAUAAUUUAAUCCUAUUUGUUCUACCAAAGGACUUUCUUUACUCUAUCUUAAGCCCACUGUAGUACUUAAAUACUCAAGACACCUAUUCUUUUCAGUUGACUUCAACAGAAUGAAAAUAUCCUUUGCGCCUUGUACAAAGUGUAUAAUGAAAUUCUGAGAUUUUGUUCAUCAACCUAAAGGUUAAUCUAAUUUAAUUAAAUUUAGUAAUGAGUGAUCAUGUUCACUCUUUAAACUAUGCAGGUGUUUGUUCCAACCAAAGAUUGAAAUUUGAACGAUUACAUCAUCCCCUUUGGUUGGUUAAUCUGUAAAAAUGCCUGGUGUAUGCAGCGACGGUUUCUCUUGCAAUGUGUGAUAAAUGUCAGUGAGUUUGUGUAGUGUAAGUGCAUUCCACUCUUAUGGCAAUCAGAGGCUUAUUAACUUUUUAAUAUAUUUACAGUUUAAAUCAUUUAAAUGCCACAUAGGAACUAGAAAUAACCUCUCGACUGCUUGUUACUGAUAGCAGCCUGGGUGUGUUGUUAAUUCCAAGACAUAACAGAACAAUACAGGUUAAAAUUUACCGUAUUAUUUAUUUACCAAUACCCUUUAACACUGCCAGUUGUCUGUCUGUGUUGAGCCAAAACUUCAGAGCUCUAACCUCAAGCUUUGUCACUGGUAUUUGCACGUCAUUCGCCAUUUAAAAUGUCUUGACUUUAUGACUUGCGUGAACUGCCUGAAUGCAUUGUUAGUUUUGACCUCUGGGAGUCCUGACAAGUCUCAUUUUUAGUAGGAAGAGCAGUUUCUGCGUGGCCUGCAAAUGUCUAGCCUCUGAACUGCUGAAUAGAAGCAAGCUGCAAACAAUUUGUUUUUUAACUUCAGUGUCUGUGUUCAGAAAUAUUUUUAGCCUGUGGUUUACAUAGACUUUCCAGUGCACAAACACCAUUUACAUAAAGUGAAAAACCCUUGAACACACAUAAUCAGAGGGGUUAAAAUGAAAUCACAAAGCAUAAACAGAACCAGACAAAUAUAAUUUUUGUUCAAAUUACGGACAUCAUUUUUCAUAAAGACUUAUUUGACCAUCACCUGUGUUCAGUUCCCUCGAUAAUGAGUUAGUGAGUGAUGUGAUCGGGGCAGCAGGUUAAUGUUAUACCCAUGUGUACUGAGCUCAGAUGCAAAUGUGUGACAUAGUGCUUGCUUUUUUUCUACUCUCUGCAGAUUGAGGAAUGAUUCAAUACAUAUGACGUUUUUUGACAUUAUUUUUUAACUAUCUUGGCGCAGGUAACUCACAGAAGUUUUAGAGAUUAUAAAUGGUGCCUUUGAUCUACUGCCAUAAAGCUGAAUUGGGCUAAUGAGGGUAGAUAAUCCUCAGGGGGGCAUCACUUAUCUGGUAAUCUGGUGACUCUCCAUUCAGUUGUGCUCCAUAUUAUAUUGACGCAAAACCUACAGUUAAUCACUGACUGUUUAAUCUCACACUUCUUAAGAGAAAGAUGUCAAAAAGUUCACUUUGGUGGAAAUGUAAUUUAUUUGAACUCAAGCUUUAACUUUGAGAUUGUGCAGUGGUGUUAAGUGAUACUUUUUUUUUUAAAGAUUGACCUCAUGUCUCUGAAGACGAGAUAGUUAGUUAGUUAGUUAGUUAGUUAGUUAGAGUUAUUCUGUGUAACACUGGGAGAAAAGGGGUCAGUCAGAGUUGAAACUGUAAGCUUUGGGGUAAUGUAAAAUGUAGAUGACCUACCUCAACUGGAAAUGACCAGAGGAGAUAUGUGUAAAAGGCAAAGUCACACUUUAAUGUGAGAUUGUCUAAAAGAUUGUGCCCUUCCCUACAGUACGUUCUUGGCCUUUUCUGUCUUACUCAGUAGCGUAUCAAACAAACCUUCACUUCAGAGUGCCUUUUAUUCCAAAGUACUGAAAAUAAGCUCUGAUAACAGAUGCACUAAACAUCUGAUUAUGGUUUUUAAAUUAUUUAAAGAACAAUUUCAGAUGUUUCUCAACAAAGAUGCAUGUAUUUUACAUGCUCUUACUCCAGUUUUGUAUUUGUUUCAUAUUUGUGUAAGAAACUAACCUGUAGGUCGAGAAAAUAAUUAAUCAGGGGCUUAAAAAGUCAUUUUUUUUUAAGAUCACACAAGAGAAGCAUCUGUUUCAUAGAAAUCAGUUACCUGCCUCAAGUGCCUUUCAUGAUUUUAUUUUUUUUAUUUUUAGAUAAUCUAUAUUUAAUAAAACAACCAAAACUUUUAUUUAUGUUGCAUACUGUAUAUGUUGCUGUUGUAAGCUGCCUUUUUUACUGUCAUGAAAUGUAUUAGCUGUUUUUAAAAUGUGCAAAGAUGAUCUAGAAGCACCUUUACAAAAAUAAUAGGUCACUGUUUACACUUUUUAGUAAUUGGUCUUUUAAUACUAAAUACAAUACAAAUUGUAAUGGGCUAUUAACAUAAUGAUCCACAAUCUUGUUUAUAAAGGUACAAAGUCUUGGAACAUGGAUGUUUUCAAAAUGUUGGUUUUCAUUUCAACCUAACAUCCUCUGAUUUCACUGAUUAAUAUCAGCUGCUCUGGCUGAAGUUUUAUUAAUCAUUGAAGUUUGUGGCUGAAUGAAAACAGACUCUUUUUGCUCCAUGAAACAAGACUGCUCAUCGCUCAUGUCAGUUAUUCUCUCAUAAUACACAAGCUCAUCUCAAAUUUGUAUGAUGUGUUACAGUUUCAUGAUAUUGCACUGUAAGUUAGUGACCACAGUAAAAACUGUAGCGUCCUCACAUUCACACACUGCAACAGUGAAGAUACUAAUCAGACUGUAUGCAACACAACUAUAUAUUUGCAGAGCAAGAAUUUUUUAUUUUUAUUUCAAAACUUAAAUGUAUUUUCUCAUGUUUUAUGUUUUUGUUUGAUCCUACAAAUCUACAAUUUCUUUACCAAAUGUAAUGUUGAUUUUUCAUAUCAAUUAAUGAAUGUUUAAUUUUCUUACUAUUUUCAUCAUAUUAUAACUGUGUUAUGAUGUGUGGUGUCUAACAUUUUGUUAAAUAAAAAGCCUUAAUUUUUGCAGAAAGUCACUGGGUGGCAGUAUAGCAGCAGGGAAUGCAAAGGAGAGGCCAUGAAAUCUUUGCAUAACUGAACUGCCUCAGUCUUUUCUACUUAUCAAUACAAAACUGCUCUAUCUGUUGUGUCACCUACAGUGGGAUCCAAGUCUGAGACCAUUUUGUCAUUAAUUACAAUAUUGUUUUUUCAUUUUUUUUUUUUUUUAAUGCAUUAAACAUCAAAUACAGGGA